AUGGGGGAAUUUAAAGCCAUUCUUCCUCAAGGUGCCGGGUAUGCCAUCAUUGUCGGUCUUGGUGCAGUCUUUAUGUUCGGUAUGAUUGCUACUACUCAUAUGCUAAGGCGUUACCAAAAGGAAAUUAUGACCGCCGAAGAGUUUACUACCGCUGGUAGAACAGUUAAGACAGGGUUAGUGUCUUCUGCCGUCGUUUCAAGUUGGGUUUGGGCUUCCACACUAUUGACUUCAUGUGCAAAAGAAUACGGUACAGGUAUAUUUGGUGGGUACUCUUACUCUGCAGGUGCUAGUUUCCAAAUUAUUGCAUUUUCUAUCUUAGCAAUUAAGACUAAACAAAAAGCACCAAAUGCUCAUACAUAUUUAGAGAUCAUUAAAUGUAGAUAUGGUAAAUUAGCUCAUAGCGUAUACUUAUUCUACGCUUUUGCUACUAAUAUUCUAGUCACCGCUAUGCUUUUAACCUCAGGUUCUGCUGUUUUCAGUGAUUUGACAGGUAUGAGUUCUAUUGCUGCGGCGUUCCUUUUACCAUUAGGGGUCGUCAUCUAUACAAUGUUUGGUGGUAUUAGAGCUACAUUUUUAACGGAUUAUAUCCAUACGUGUGCAAUUAUUAUCAUUGUACUGUUUUUUGCUUUUAGAGUUUAUGCAACUAGUGAUGUGUUGGGGUCUCCAGGAAAAGUUUACGAUUUAGUUAGAGAAGCUGCUAAAAGAUCUCCUGUCUCGGGUAAUUAUAAAGGUGAAUAUAUGACAAUGGAAUCCAAGUCUGCUGGUAUUUUCUUAGUUAUUAACUUAGUAGGAAAUUUUGGCACUGUGUUCUUAGAUAACGGUUACUGGAAUAAAGCUAUCUCGGCAUCUCCAGCAGCUACUUUACCUGCUUAUGUCAUGGGUGGGUUGGCUUGGAUGCCUAUACCAUUCUUAAUCUCUUUGACUAUGGGAUUUGCAUGCUUAGCUACGGAACACGAUCCAAGUUUUCCAACAUAUCCAGAUCCGUUAAGUUCGUACCAAGUCAGUCAGGGUCUGGUGUUACCAGCUGCAGCUGUAUCUGUAAUGGGUAAAGGUGGGGCUGUUGCUACCUUAUUAAUGGUAUUUCUAGCAAUCACUAGUGGGGUUGCUGCUGAAGUUAUUAGUGUUGCAUCGGUAUUCACUUACGAUGUCUACAGAGAAUAUUUCAAUCCAAGGGCAUCAGGUAAACAAUUAAUCUAUUCUUCUCACAUUGCGUGCUUGACAUUUGGGGUAGCAAUGAGUGGGUUUUCUGUUGGGUUAACAUACGGGUAUAUAAGUAUGGGUUAUAUCUAUGAAAUUAUGGGUAUUAUCAUAUCUAGUGCAGUGCUUCCAGUCAUCCUGACUCUAUGUUGGAAACAACAAAACAAAGUCGCCGUCAUUGUUGCUCCUGUUUUAGGAACCGGCCUGGCUAUUAUGUCGUGGUUGGUUUGCACCAAAUCUUUAUACAAAGAAUUGACCAUCGAUACUACAUUCGAGGAUUAUCCAAUGUUAGCAGGAAACGUUGUUGCUUUAUGUUCUCCCUGUAUUACAAUUCCAAUCUUAACAUAUGUGUUUAAACCACAAAGAUUCGAUUGGGAGAUUUUAAAGAGUAUUAAGAGAGCCGAUGAAACCGAGGAAUUGAUUGAAUUAGAAGAAGAACAAGAUGCCGAACAGGCUCUUGGGUUAGAAUCCAUACAAUCUAAUGAUAGUCACGAUCCACUAAACAAGAAUUCCAGCGAUUCUGGUAAUGAAGAAAAGCAAGAAUUAAGAGUUACGGAGAGUAAGAUAAAACCUAUUAAGACUAUACUAAGUAGUAUACAGAAAGAAACUCCAGAAGAAUUAAAAGAAGAACUUGAAAGGGAGAAGAAAGCACUGGCAAGAGGACUAAAGAUCGCUUAUGGUCUCUGUAUAUUCUUUGCAUUUGCAUUCUUACUGGUAUGGCCUAUCCCAAUGUAUGGUUCACAUUAUAUUUUCAGUAAGAAAUUUUUUACUGGCUGGGUUGUCGUUCAAAUCAUUUGGAUGUUCAUUAGUGCCUUUUGUGUCAUUCUAUUCCCACUAUGGGAAGGUAGACACGGUAUCUAUACUACUUUACGUGGUAUAUAUUGGGACUUGACUGGUCAAACAUACAAACUAAGAGAAUGGCAGAACUCUAGUCCUGAAGAACUUCAUAUUGUGAAGAGUCAAAUCAGUGCUAGAAUUCAUAACAUAGAAUCUUACAACAAUGAGCGAAACCUCGGGAUUGAUGACAUUAUUGAUACCGAAUCACCAAAGUAA